UCUCCCCCCUCAACAACAAAUUUAUUAUCAUUCCCUCCCCCUCCCUCAGCUUCUUCCCAAACAACAACAACUUUUUUCCUUCCUUUUCCCCAACAAAUAAAAAUGGAAACAACACAACAACAAAUAAAUAAUCAGAAUUCUUCCCCUUCCCCUCCAACAAUUAAUUGUUUUAAUCAGUCAAAUUCUCCUUGUAAUUUAAAUGGAGGAGGAGGGGGAAUUAUUGGGAAAAAACAGUCUAGACCGACUUUUAGUGGACAACAAAUUUACAUGCUGGAAAAAAAAUUUGAAAAUUCAAAAUAUUUGGCUGGGACAGAAAGGGCACAAUUGGCUAAAGAAUUGUCAAUGACUGAAAGUCAGGUUAAGGUAUGGUUCCAGAACAGACGAACAAAAUGGAGAAAACGUGAGUCAGCUGACCAGGCCUCCCGUAGAAGAUCAGAAGCAGCCGAAGCUUUCGACCGAAGCAUUUCACCUUCCUUCCUCCACAACGCUGGUGGUUCCAAUUCCCCAGGUUCUCCUCUAUCAGGAAUUGCUGCAGGCACUUCAAGUCCUUGUUCUCCAGAAAAUUAUGUUUCUUCUGGUCAAUUCUCCUCAACAACCCAAUUUAUUCAACCAAACAAUUUUGCUGCUUUUUCCCUCUUUUCGGCACCUUUUUUUAGAAGUUUUCCAGCACAAACUGAAACACACAACAAUUCUGCACUAGUAGAGGCUUUGUGUAAUGGAGGAGGUGGUGGGCAAAAUGGGGAGACUAAUGAAUCUGCAAAUUAG